AACACUGCAGACUGGUUGUUGAGUUGCAGCACUCCUUCUUCUGCAACAAUGUCUCUUCUCGCAGUCAAAACGGAGCCUAUGAACAGUAAUGACUCAACAACAACAACAAGUGGAGACGGAUCUCUUGACAAUUUUACUGGGUCAGUAAUAACAAGUAGUGGCUACAGUCCAAGAUCAUCACAUCAGUACUCACCGCAGCUAUAUCCCUCCAAGCCCUAUCCACAUAUUCUUUCUACACCAGCAGCUCAAACAAUGUCUGCCUAUGCCAGUCAGACGCAGUAUUCAGGAAUGCAGCAACCAGCAGUAUAUACAGCCUACUCACAGACUGGGCAACCUUACAGCUUACCUGCUUACGGCAUCAAGACAGAAAGUGGACUUUCACAAACACAAUCAUCGCUGCAGACUGGGUGUCUGAGUUACAGCCCGGGGUUCUCCACACCACAGCCGGGCCAAGCACCAUAUUCAUACCAAAUGCCAGGUUCUAGUUUUACACCAUCCUCCACUAUUUAUGCAAACAAUUCAGUAUCAAAUUCUACAAACUUCAACAGUUCACAACAGGAUUAUCCAUCAUAUGCAGCAUUCAGCCAAAAUCAGUAUCCACAGUAUUAUUCAGCAUCAACGUACGGUGCAUACAUGACAUCGAAUAACACCACAGAUGGUACCUCUUCAUCCUCAUCAACAUACCAGCUCCAGGAAUCCCUUCCAGGGCUUACUAGCCAACCAGGAGAAUUUGAUACUGUGCAGAGCCCUUCAACACCAAUCAAAGACCUUGAUGAAAGAACAUGUAGGAGUUCUGGGUCAAAAUCAAGGGGCAGAGGGAGGAAAAAUAACCCAUCUCCUCCUCCUGAUAGUGAUUUGGAGCGUGUAUUUGUUUGGGAUUUGGAUGAAACUAUCAUUGUCUUCCAUUCGCUUCUGACAGGAUCUUAUGCACAGAAAUAUGGAAAGGAUCCACCUGUAGCAGUGACUCUUGGACUUCGGAUGGAAGAAAUGAUUUUUAAUCUUGCUGAUACUCAUUUAUUUUUCAAUGAUUUGGAGGAAUGUGAUCAAGUGCAUAUAGAUGAUGUAUCCUCAGAUGACAAUGGACAAGACCUAAGUACCUACAGUUUUGCAACUGAUGGCUUCCAUGCAGCUGCAAGUAGUGCAAACCUUUGUCUGCCAACAGGUGUAAGAGGAGGAGUUGACUGGAUGAGGAAGCUGGCAUUCCGUUACAGAAGAGUCAAAGAAUUAUAUAAUACUUACAAAAACAAUGUAGGAGGACUUCUUGGCCCUGCCAAAAGAGAUGCAUGGCUACAGUUAAGAGCAGAGAUUGAAGCUCUCACAGACUCCUGGCUGACCAAUGCACUUAAAUCAUUAUCAAUUAUUAGUACAAGGAGUAACUGUGUAAAUGUCUUGGUAACAACAACUCAACUUGUACCAGCCCUAGCAAAAGUGCUGCUGUAUAGUUUAGGAGGUGUUUUUCCUAUUGAAAAUAUUUACAGUGCAACUAAAAUAGGAAAAGAAAGUUGCUUUGAACGAAUAAUGCAAAGGUUUGGCAGAAAAGUAGUAUAUGUUGUAAUUGGGGAUGGUGUAGAAGAAGAACAGGCAGCAAAAAAGCAUAACAUGCCUUUCUGGAGAAUAUCUAGCCACUCUGACCUCCUGGCUCUACACCAAGCGCUGGAAUUAGAGUAUUUGUAACUGUUGUUACAUAGUUGACAAAUUCUUUUUUAUAUAUAUUUCAAAGUACACUGAAUUUUUUUACUUCGGAUAUGGUGCCUCUGGCUUUACACAUAUUAUGGUCUUAAAAAGGAAAAGCAAUAUUUGGAUUCUAUGGUGAAGAAUUCAGAUCACCGAAUGGAGACACACAUUUUAAUACUACAUAUACAUGGUCUUAUAUAUUCAACAUUUUUGAUUAUUAAAGAACUAUAACAAUGGUUGCUGGUACACACCAAAUGAGCCCUAGCCAGAGUGAGCAACGUUUGCAAUAGACUUGGAGGAGGAGAAGAAAAAGAAGAAGAAUGGCAUGCAUUUUCUGAAUGACAAGGGUGGUAUUCAACAACAUUCCUCACUAUGGGAUAUAUUCUCAGCACGGAGGUUUGAAUCAAACUUUAGGCUACCUACCUGACCCAGAAAAUUGGGUUGCACUUGGACUAUACAAUGAAUCUGUAAUAUGUGUAAAUUAUUAAUAGAAAUAAUUUACUGUGACACUAGCAGCUGACUUUGGAAGUGGAUGCAAUUUAUUAUAUUGUUUUGUUUUGUUUUGGAGGUGUGUGGGAAGGGGGUAUAUAAUAAUAAUGGUCUCUUUUAUAAACUUGGCAGACAGAAUGUGCAUAAUGAUGUGUUGUGCCUUAAAUGACAAGAUCUUGUUUGUGUGUUACAGUGUAACAUUGGUUUAAAAUUAUGUAGAUAAAAAGAUAAAUCUUUGUGAUCAUUUUUGACAUGACCAAAUUUUGAAUUCAAAUAAUCAGUACUGCAUAAAAGCAGUUUAAGUGUUUGUUGCAGUAAGAGAAAAAAAAUAUAUAGCUGAAAGUUAGUGUUUUUAUUUAGAUUCUUAAUAAUUCCACUGAUUGUAUGCAAAUAAGUUUUAAAAAAUAUCAAAAAGUUGGAAUAUUGGGUACGGUGAGAAAAUAAUAUGACAAAUUGUUUGAGAACUUUUCCUCCAUUUUUGUCUUUGAAGAAAAGAAUUAUAACAUGGAUAACCUGUGUUGCAGUGAGUUUAAUUUUAUGGUAUAUGUGUAAAAAGCGACAGGCUACCUAUUGACCUGGUAUCAAAUUAUGUAGUAUAUUUAACAUGCAGUAAGAUACAUAUAUGGUCCAAUGAAACUUUCAGAAUAAAAGGAAAGAACAAAGAAAAAAGUGAAGUCAAAAAGGAAAGGGAAUUACUAGUUAUUCAUGCAACAAAAGAUACAGUAGACAAACCAAAAGAUAACUAGAAAAACAAUAAUAUUCUCCUAAAAUUAAAUUGUUAAGUAAACUAAAAUGUAGUCUAUAAAUUGCCCACUAUGUGGUCCAGUAAAAAAACAAAAAAAAAUCCUUCAGUUCAUGAGUUUCUACCAGCAUUUAAAUCCUUCAUAACUGGCUUUGCAACUAACAGGUCAGCAUGAAUCUCAGUGGAGGACUCUGUUCUUCUCCAGUCAGUUUUUCCUACACAUACUCACUAUGCUUACACUUAAUUUGCAGCAACGUUAGAGUAUAUUAUGGGUUCUUGAAUAAACCACAGUUGGCUUGAUUCAUAUAAUACAUUAAGCCAAAAUCAAAGAAAUCAUAUUAUGGCUUAGCAGAAUGUGUAAAUUUAGCCCUGCAUAUUAUUUUGACCCCAUGCAUGUAUAAUAAGAGUGUGCAAGUCAUUGGUUACAAAGAGGUGGGGGCAGCAUGUGUGGUCAUCCUGUCUGUGGCAGCACCCCGCUUUAGAAUUUUGUCCCCAGAGAGCUUAAACAACUCUGCCCCCGAUGACCUUGAUGUGGAUACUUUUGUUCCUCUUUUAAGGAUUUUUAACAUGACAUGGAUGGUUUUAAGUUCACCUUGUUU